GGAAGCGCAUGAUCCCAGGCACGUACAAUCGAUAACGCGGAUUAGAUUUGUCAUGUACAGACAGACGACCAUGUCACGUUUGGCACUUAAACGCUUGGUGUUUUACCGGUUUCAUCUAACUACGACAGUAAAGCAAGAACGGGGAGCUGCUAGAAUACACUCCGAGGGGGGCAGAUGCCCGUUACACCAGCAUGACAAGAUAUUGUCUCGGACUCGUGAUAGAACCGCGUCUUCUCCUGUCCGUGACCAAUGGACGCCCAUCCGAACCGGCAGGUUAUUAGAUCCAGGACUACUGCUGAGGACGCAAAAAAGAAAUGUUUACUUAACACGUGUUGCUUGUGCCGAAGAACAAAAGGCUCAGUCAGGUGAGGUAUCUGAGGCACUGUAUGAGAAAUUAGCAGAUGAAACUCUGGAGACACUGGCGGAAUACUUUGAGGAUCUCUCCGACGAGCCUUUCACCUCACCAGAGUAUGACGUUGUCUUUUCUAGUGGGGUGCUGACAGUGAAGGUGGGCCAAGACCAUGGCACGUACGUCAUCAACAAGCAGACGCCCAACAGACAGAUCUGGCUCUCAUCUCCAACGAGCGGUCCAAAGCGCUAUGACUGGAAUGGCACACACUGGGUUUAUUCCCACGACGGCGUCUGCCUGCAGAACCUGCUCUCCAAGGAAUUCUCAGCCAUUUUCAAGCGCGACAUGGACCUGUCACAUUUGAUUCAUCCCUGAACCUGGCUGUAUGGAUGAACUGCUUCUGUUUGUUUAUACGUUUCCCAAACCUAGAAAUGUUUGCAUUGUAGCCCUAAUGCAAUCAAGAUGAGGCCAACAGUCAUAGUGCUCCAGUCUAUAAGAUCCGGUUUGCCCUUCCAUAUAGUGAAACAGUUCAUGUAAAUAUGCAGGCCUCUUCAUGUGUGGUGUCAUUUAAUAAUCCUACUUUUUUUUUGCUCAAUAACUGCCCAUGAUUUUAUGGAUUUGUGACUUGUUUUUGAAAAUAUCCAUCAGAUUACUGUAAAACCUGUCUGUACAGUUACAGCCCUGUGGAAUUCUUGUUUUUUUCCCCCAGGAUAUACUCAGUCCAUUUUCACCAGAUAAAAAAAGGAUUAUGAGACACAGAUGGACAAAAGACCCAUUGUUUUAAGCUCAUGUCAGUUGGAUUUUCUGGCUUUUUACCUUUAAUAAAAUGUUGGUUUGUGGGUU